GCGCCACUUUCUGCGUUUUCUCCACGUUGCGCUUCUCUUCAACAACUUCCUCCUGAAACCGAAAGCAAAGUUUUCCACCGUUUCUUCUGCUCGGUUCGUCGGUGCCUCGAGUGAGCAGACAUGUCGGUUAAAAAGCUGCUGCUUGAGGUUCUGGAAAAUUUGGUUCAAGACGACUUCAAACGCUUUAAGUUGCACCUCACUGAGGUCGGCGUUGAAGGCUUCGAACCGAUUUAUAAGAGCCGCCUGGAGAACGCGGACCGAACAGACACCGUGGGAACGAUUGUAAAGAGCUACGGCGAACAAGUGGCCGUGAAGAUCACUGUGGAGGUUCUGAAGCUCAUUGGCAACUGUGACGCUGCAGAGAAGUUAAGGAACGAAUACAAAGCAGGGGGAGGGGAAGCGUCAUCCUCUGCAUCUGCUGCAGCACCUCCUGCUCCUGCGUCCACCAUGACGGCUCGGGAACAAAGUGUGCUCAUCGCCCCGUCGUUCGCAGGUGCCACCGUUGGGACAUUGAAUAUACACGUACAAAAAUAGCCAUGAAAGAAAUCUACGUCGACACAAGGGAAUACACAUGCAGUUUUUUUCAAUUUAAUUCCAUUUUUUUGUUAUUGCCCAGAUUGACAUUUACUGUGAUUCACCACAAACAAUCAACCCUCUGCUAAGCCCCUCCCCCUCGCCGCUACUCUCUUAAGUUUAAGUUGUAAAAAUUAAUUUCAGAGUUAAACAGACAGAAGGUUCUACAAUAUAUUUUGGAAGAUUUUUAUCCUGGAUGGAAUUGAUUUGGCGGUGAAAAACGGUUACAGAAAUAAAGAUUAAAGUGAACCACUGUU